AUGACCCCGCCGGCCGAGAAAGGCGUCGCCGAGCUGGAGCUGCAGGAGGCCGCCGCUCAGACGGCGCCGCUGAUGAUUGUCCCGGCCACUCCGGCCCUGACGCUGCGGGUGCCGGCCACGCCUAUGGUGCCGAUGGCGACUCCCACCACCCCUGCGAGGUGCCCACCGCCCUCCUUGGCGCAAACGGCCCCCGCGCCGAUGCUGGCAGCCGCCAGGCCGGCAGCUCAUUUUCCCCCAACUCCGCCGCUGCCUCCGCCGCCGCCCCCACCUGCGCCGCCCGCGCCGCCCGCGCGGCCCGCACUGCCCGCGCUGCCCGCGCCGGCUCCGGCGGAGGCCAGAUGGAGCCGGCCACCAGAGACGCCCCAGAUGCUUGCACCUGCCUCUCCAGAUGAAGGCGUGCAGCGGCCCAACGAGCCACAGAAACCGCCCAAGCGCAAGGCGGCUCAUUUGCAGACGUC